AUGGUCCGCGAUCCGGCCCCCUCCCGGCCGGCGCGGCUGGGCGCGGGACCGACUGGCUCCCAGCGGGCCCGCCCCUUCCUGGGCGACGUCACCGCCCCGCCCAGCAACGGCUCCACCUGGCGGAAUUUCUGGUCCACCCUCCGGGCGGCGGUCAACGUGAGCACCCUGGCGCGGGGCACGGGGGUGCGGAGCCCCGGGCGGGGGCCCACUGCGAGCCGCUGGCUGAUCGCAUUGCUGUUGCUGCUGCUGCUGCUGCCGCUGCCCGCCGCCGCCUGGUACAAGCACGUGGCGAGUCCCCGCUACCACACGGUGGGCCGCGCCGCGGGUCUGCUAAUGGGGCUGCGCCGCUCGCCCUACGUGUGGCGCCGCGCACCGCGCCCGGCUGCCGGGCCCCUUGCCUGGGACGGCUUCGGCCUGGGCGUCUCCCCCCAGGGGCCAUCUGCCAGAAGCACCGUCUCUGGGGGGCCCGCCGCCCGCGAUGCUGUGUUGCUUCCCUCCGGAGUUCAGAAACUGUGGGAGGUGCGACGCAGAAGCUCCCGCGCAGGGCUCCCGGUGAGUGCGCCUCGCAGCCCGCGCGCCCCGAAGUCCGCACCCCAACCGGAGCUGCGGCUGGGAUCCUACUCCUGGACCUCUGAAGAGCAGGCCAGAGCCUUCGGAGUGUCUCCUGCUCAGUCAUGGUCUGCGCAGGGAACCGCCUUCGCCAGCCCCCGCCUCUCCCCAGAGCCGUCCUGA